AUGGAGAGCGUCCACCACGGAAACUACCCAAACACCUUUGCAUUCACCCUUAACCAUACAAACAUUGACCGUGUCCCCACGCAAGACUACGACUACGAAUUUGGGGCGACGUUCAUCAUAGAGAUGUAUGAAGAGGACUCACCGCAGUCCGAAGACUACAUUCCAUUUGCGCCACCAUAUGUCCUCGGCUCGACGCCUGAGGACACUACCAUGCAGGAGAUCCAAGCCCAGCUCCCACAGAACGCCCUUGCUCUCGACACACACUGGCCGCCGAUCCCGGCGCCGCAACUGCAAGGUGCUUCGACGCUCGGCAGCCCAUGGCCCACAGCCGUGGGCCUGGACUUCCACGUCCGCACGCAGGCGCACUACAAUUCCGAUGAGCUUGCCGGCGGCCUCGCGAACGCCACUCCUACCGCAACUCGCGCUGCGCCGCCCAGCGCCGCCAUCGCCCCGCACCAUGGCGGCGGUUACACCAUCCAGGACAACAUCGUCGCGCCACAACCGCGAUACGCGUCGAGACACAUUCAGCGUACCCAGUCCGCCCCGCCCGAGACCCGCUUCGGCGUCGACGUGCCCCCUGAAGGACCACAGAGCGCGCCGGCAUACUUCGUCUGGUCCAUCGCCGAGCACACCCCCGAGCUGCAGCCCCAGACAAGCACUGGCCAGCAGAUGCAGAACCUGUACCGACUGCCUGUGCCUGGGUCGCAAGACGUUCCUUCAUUCCCCGGACACCACGUCCCAAGCUGCCGCCGCCGCCAGCAGCCUGGGACCUCGCACCGCCAUGGACAUGGUAUGGACUAGGAGUAGAGCUGGAGUAGAGAAUAAGGCGCUGAGCAGUGACUGGACAAAUUUUU